AUGGGUUCCGACGACUCCCUGCCUUCAAUCCAAACUCUAGUCGAGACGAUGCACGCCCGCGGUAUCCUCUAUCAUAUCUUGGGUCCCGUGGAAUUGAGUAGGCGCAUCUCGGCCAUUGCCGCUAAGAAUAAUCUCGGCGACCCCACGGCGCCCACGACCUUCCAUGCAUUCGUUCAGUCGUGCUACUAUCACGGCGAUCAUAGGCCACGCAUCCCUGUCGUACACAACGCCAUUGCCUUCUAUGCGUGCUUAUCGUCGGACCGUAACAAUAUCCUCACCCUGGACUGGUAUGCAUACUCGUAUUGUGGUCAGAAUUGGUACAUCAUCGACGUAGAGACGGACGACCUAUCACGUAUCGUCCCACUGCGUGUCUACUCCCCAUACCAUUCAAGUGCGCCUCGACGUACUGCCGCAGUUCUCGACAAAUCCCAACCCCUCCCAUUCUGGAUCGUGAGACGCGACGGCUUGGGUGUGUCCUUGGUGUCGGACGAUCUCUUCAUGCUCAGGCAUGAUGGCAUGCAGUUUCAAAACAUCGCUGGAGGGACACGGACCACAGUCAUGAUCCAGUGGCCGGGUUACCCGCGCUGGAAAUCGCAAAUCAGAAUGGGACCGACCAAGGAACACAAGUCCGAGGACUACACCUACAGGCGACUUGUAAGUCAGGUUCGGGCCAAGAUCCGCAAGUUCAUAACGGAGCACAUAAACAUUGCAAGCGAAGACCCGCACUGGGCGGUCGGAGACGCGGGCAGUGGUCGAAUCGCGGCUCAUGAUCUCAUUCUACUCGCCAUUAUUGAAGUGUCCCAAGGUGCAGUGAUGCCGAUCCUAAAACUUCGCGAUGAUUUCGUAUUCGCAGACUCGAUCCCGCCGGCGACGGCGCUGAAUACUCCGGCGAUGGUCCCACCCUCCGACACUCAAAGCUCAUCUCACUUCCCGUUUCCCGCCUUUCCUUCCGGAGCGUGCAUGCCCGAUAUAAAUGGGCUUGAUUAG